AUGCCUGUCCUGAAGUUCCUGUCGGUGGCGGCCGCCGCCAUUUUCUUCUCACAUAUCAACUCGGCAUAUGGUGCCGAUAUGAGUCCUGGGGGAACUAUCGAGACUCCUGAACAUCAGGGAGAUUCUAAUGAUAACGAAAAUGAACCUGGUUCAGGACCUGGCGAUGUUGAAACUGAUACUGCCACUAAUAAGGCCGUGAGAGCAGAGUGCUGGGAGCAAAUGAACGCGGCCCGCAACCGUGUCGGCUUCGCUGAACUCACGCACGAAAAGAGAUUCAAAAUUACUCAAGAUGACUGGCCCCGUUCCGUCUCCACGCUCGAGGAUUACCUGAGCACAGUCUGCAAAGGCAUUAAAACUAACACAACGCCUGACGACUUGGCCGCAAUCGAGGGCACCGUCGCGAAAGAGCAGUGGAACAAAAUUACUGCGGCUCUCAGUUCCAGUAGUGCCGCAUCAGCAGCUCCUGCGGCUCUUGCCCUUGCUGCCGCUGCAUUUGCCGCAGUUUUCCUCUGA